AUGGUUUCCUUACCUUCCUUCAUUUUAAGCGACGAAUCUAAAGAACGUAUGAACAAAGUUUGGAACUUGGCUCAUGGUAUUACACAUUAUGGCUGGAUUCCAUUCAUCUUAUAUUUGGGCUGGGCUAGCUCUCCAAAUAAACCAAACUUUUUGAACUUAUUAUCGCCAUUACCAAGUGUCUAA